AUGCCAAUUGAGGCUUUACCAGCAAGCACCAGCAGAAUCAUUGGAUCCACCCUUGUGCUCAACGAUGCAAAAUCGGUGGUAAAAGAGCUCAUCGACAAUGCACUUGAUGCUCGCGCUACCACAAUCAAUGUCGAAAUCUCCCAGAAUACCUUGGAUCUCAUCCAAGUAAAGGACAAUGGCAUCGGCAUCGGCGUCCAGGACAGGCAGCUCCUUUGUAAAAGAGGCUGUACCUCAAAGAUUCGAUCACUCCAAGACCUGAGCCGUCUUGGAGGUUCCUUUCUUGGAUUCCGUGGAGAGGCUCUUGCAAGUAUAGCUGAGCUAAGCAAGACUGUGACGGUCACAACUCGGGUUGAUGGCGAGAUAGUUGGCUCGUCUUUGACAUUUGGCUCUUCAGAAAUGUUGAGUUCUUCAUCCGCAUCUCAUCCAGUCGGAACAACCUUUCGUGUACAAGGUUUUCUCCACAAUAUCCCUGUAAGAAAACAGACGGCUUUGAAGAGUACAACAAAGACAUUGCAAGCCAUCAAGACUCUCCUACAUUCCUUUGCGUUCGCCCGGCCCAAUGUCAGAUUCUCACUGAAAGUCCUGAAAGCCAAAAAUGAUAAGUGUAAUUGGACAUACGCCCCUAGCCCAAAAGACUCACUAGUGGAAGUGGCAUCGAAGAUUGUUGGACAGGACAUCGCUUCGGCAUGUGAUUGUCAUCAGAUGUGUUCGGAUGACAUUGAGGGACUUGAAAAGAGUUGGUCAAUUGAAACGUUGAUUGCCUCACCAAGUGCAGGUAACAUACCCUCCAUAGUACCAAUGCCCAUGCUGAGUUCGCUAGACUUAUCCAAGAUACGCAACGCGACGCAGUAUGUCUCAGUUGACGGCCGGUCAAUGACACCAGAUCGUGGUACCAUCAAGGAGCUUGUCAAGCUGUACAGGCAAAAGCUGCAAGCCUCCCAUGAGUCCUCGGGAAAUACAUCAAUAUCAAGACCAUUCCUGUGCCUGAAGAUCAAAUGCCCUCCUGAGAGUUAUGAUGUGAAUGUGGAGCCAGCAAAGGAUGAGGUUCUGUUCUUCUACCCUGCUGUACUUCGCUCGAUGCUGGAAAAGCUGUUUGAAGGAGUCUACCCAAUUCACGAGGGGCAUGAAACAGAUUGUCAGCCUUCUACUGAAGCUUCGCAAGGUCAAACUCUUUCAACCGGGCUCGAUCACAGUGCGUCACAAAAUGGCAAACACAGUAUCGUUGAGCCACAAGAAUAUCACCACGACGAUGCCAGGAGCUCCGCCCCUGAGGACGAUGAUCUCCUGUCAAAUAUUGCAAUUUCAAAUCCUUUCACAAUCGCAGCGAUGACUUCCAGAGUAUUGCCGAAGAAAAUGAAUAUCACCGGUACACAACUCAAUACUCCUUUCGCUGCAACUCCAAGAUCUCAAGACAACGACGAAUGCUACGAGACAGCCGCAAGCGCAACUCGGUCUCAUCGAACUCCUCUUGGCCAGAAUAUCCAUCUGCCAUCUCCUAUCUCUUCAUCUGAUGACGGGAGCCCGCAUCAGAACCCGGGUCCACCCCUUAGACGUCGCACGGCGGUCGCCAUCAAGCAAAGGACUGGACCGGCUACAGAAUCCAACGAACCUGUCAUUGCUGAAAAUUCACUACUCAAGACCUGGUUAACACCUCAGACUCAACAGCGUCGGCCUGUUAACCUUGAGGACCACACGACGGAAUCCCCUUCCAGAUCCGAUGGGCUCAGGAGUCUAGAACGGCUACCAGUGUCAGAAAUGAAUGACUUGUUCCCAACUGCCAUAAAUUCAACUUCUGCAUUGAAAUGGGGUCCAGGAUCCAGGCCAUUCCGUCCGCCUCUCAAAUCCUCGUCCAAAGGUCAAAAGUCCGCUCUUAUCGUACCGGCCUUGUCUUCGACUUCUCAAGAUGAGUUCGGUCCUCUUCCAUCCUCAAUGGCUCCAGCUGUGGCAGAUGAUACCCUUCGGCCUAGGCCAACUUUUCGAAGAUUGUCAAAUGAAAUGUCACCCCAGCGGCCGGCCGAGUCUCAAAGGUUAUUUUACGAAACAUCAUCAACGGUCGAAUUGCCUACGAACACAGAAUUAGAAGAGAUUUUGGACUUUGAGUACAGGAAGAAGGCUGCCAUUGCUCAGCACCGUCGUCAAGUCGCCAAGUUCCCUUCGAGAUCAAUCAAUGAUGUCUUGAAAUCUCGAAUGGGCGGAAACAAAUCGUCUCAAGCUGUUGACUUGAGCACGUCUGUCAAGACAUCUAGUGGAAGAUCUGAGUACUCCAUUAUUGAAGAAGAUGCGUUCGCCGCAAGAUUCGGUGACACAGAUCAAACUCCGCCCAGCAUAGACAAAUUCUCCUCCCACCAGAGCCGCUUCCCAGCAGUAGCCAAAGAACUAUCUCGCUCUCAUCCCAAUCUUACUCAAGUCUCGUUGGUUGAUUCACCUCCACCUGUCCAAGGACGCGUCAUCUCUCCUCAUAACUUCCCAGACAUCCCAGCACGUUCCUUUCGAGAGGACGACCCACGUGCCUAUUACAUCCGACAGCAAAAAAGAGGUAGUCCUUCCAAACUCUACCGAACCAAAUCUGCAAAAUUACCCCUUGAGACGAUCCCCGCAGAUAUGAUGACCAUAUACUUACGUCAAUCUGUGGACGCAUUCCGCAGACCACAAACCAGUCGAACACUUGUACAAUGUCUAUCGAAGUAUGAUCAAUAUAUCAUUGAUGGACAAAUCACUUAUGCUGAUCUUGUGGAGGCUUCGUUGCCCAUGGGUUGGCAAGAUACUGUUCGAGAGCUAGUCCAGCAAAAUCAUGGCGACCCAGAUAGCCAUGAUCUAGGGAUGAUGAUAGACGAGGUUGAGAUCAGCAUUCCGACCCAUGCUUGUUAG